CUAGGGAAUUCCUUACUGGUGAUGGAAGUGUAUAUAUUCACACAGUUUCGUCCCCAAGGACACACUCUCCAGCUUCUAGAAAGGCAGCAGGACAGAAGAAAGCUCUUUGACAUUGAGAAGAAGCCAGCCAUGGGCAGUCUGAAGACCGCAUUCCUGAUCGCCCUCAUCCUGACUCUCUCUUAUCAAUACACAGAAGCACUGCGUCCUCUGAUUCCGUCAGACUGUUGUCAGAGAUAUAGGAUGGGAGGACCAAUUCCCCGCAACAGAGUGCAGAAUUACUACAGGACUCCCAGUGAUUGCCACUUAGAUGCUGUUGUGUUUGUUACAAAGAUCGGAAAGCUUGUCUGUUCUGACCCCAGGAUGUCAUGGGUGAAAAAAUUACUGUCACAGCUGAGAGAAAUUAAGCCAUAAUUUUGGAGAACCAAAGGAAGAACCUCCGCCGAAAACGAAGGAAGACAAAGAGCUACUCUCCUCCUUUCCAGCUUCUCUGCUUCCUAUGCUUUUUAGCCACUCACAGACAAACAUCUAUAAACAUUUAAACAGCACCGAAAACAGUGUAGCUGUGGCCACUUAUGCACUGUCAGAAAUGCAACAUCAAAGAAGAGGAUACCGGUUUGCAGAAUGAAUAUGUAUACAUGUAAAUUAAGAUAUAACUGUUAUAGUUUAACUAGAAAUACAAUGCAUCUCCCCAUUGUGGGUGGGGCAGGCUGUGAUCGAGGUGGUAAGUGGUGGUGGGUAACAACAACAAGGCCUC